UCCUUGGGCUUCACUCUCGUUGGGAUUGUUACACCCUUGAUAUCUAUCAGUCACUUCACUGGUUAAGUAUCACAGGGAGACAAGCAAGGGACCAGACCAUGUAAGUCAUCGCUGUAUUUGAGUACCCGAGAAAGCAGAGAUGCGUACGAGUCUAUCUAGUUCGAUGGAUCUAGUUCCACGACUGAGGUCAAAUGUUUUCUCUUCAGUCAGAUCCUGUUGAUGACCCAGAGAGAUGAUGCAUAUACUCCGCCCUCUCAUGUGAGUAGACACCCUCCAAAUUCGCCAAAUGCUCCAAAAACCAUCUCCCAGUAAAAAGUGUCCUCCCUUCAGACCAAAAUACGCCGACCAGCAUGUCCAAGAUGGUAUCAAUCCAUGUCAAUCCCAUCGCCCUGGUGAACCCGCAAAACCUGGCCAAGAUUCCGGGUACCUCGCUUCACAGCCUCGGCGUUCCUGCCCGCAGCCUCAAAAUCCUCCAGUUCCUUCUUGGCUCUCUUAGCAUUUGCCUCUAGCGUUUUCUUGUCCCUCUUGGCCGACUUGUGCAUGGC